CGGAGCGGCGAGGAGGAAACGGACUGCAAGCAAGGAAAGCACUGUGACUCCCCAUGUACAGUCCGUAAAUUAACCUUUUAUAUAUAUGUAUAAGUAUCUUAUUUCUUCCACGAAGAAACCUUAAGUUUUUCUAUUUUUCGAAAAAGUAACGCAGCUACCUCAGUCUUUACGGAUUUUAAUCUGAGCUCGUUUACAUCUCCUCCUCCUCCUUCUGCCGCAGGGCUUUUUUUGUACUUUUGCACUCGUGAAACGAUCCUGACGUCGAGCGAUGUCCAGUCCGAGUCUGCUGGCCCUCAGAUGAUCCAUGACCACACAUCAUUGAUGCACUUUAGCACCUUUUCCGGAGGCCUCCCCCUACCGUGAACCCCGCAGCUGAUGACCAAAGUGACCGCAACGCCUCCCCGCCGCCGCCCCGAGCCUCGCGCCCCCUUCUGCCCCGCCGCCCUCGGCCUCUCGCCUCCUCAGGACGUCCCAGGAUGUUCCAGAGGUUUGCCAGCGCUCUGUUUGGGGACGAUGCGGAGGAGGUGAGCCGAUGCAACAGGCCCGGAGAUGGCAAAGAGGAGGAGGGGGAGGAGGACGACGAAGACUGGAUCCUGGUCAACUACCUGGCUGAAGCUUGCUCCAGUUCGUGUGGUGACGGCCUCUCCGGCUCCACCGCCGGCCCCGAGGGAGAGGAGGAAGAGGAAGAGGAGGAAGACCUGGUGAUGAUCCCUUCCCCCAUGGCCAGCCCCCCGGUCCGUUACGCCUCCACCACCUCCCUCAACUCCACGGCGGACACCGACGUGGACGGCGGAGCGGACGAGGACGAGGAGGACGGCGGCUUCCUGCGCCUGGACGCCCGGUCCCUGCAGGAGAGCUGGUUCGUCACCCCGCCGCCCUGCUUCACCGGCAGCAGCAGCCUGCCCAUCCUGCUGGAGGCCAGCCCGCUGGAAAACCUGCUGAUCGAGCACCCCAGCAUGUCCGUGUAUUGCCACCCGAGGCUGACCGUGGAGCCCCUGUCCGAAACCCCGCUCAACCUGGACCUGGACUUCCUGUCCAGCUCUAGACCCGCCUCACCGACAGCCUCAGGGGGGAAGGAGAAUUCCAGACACUCGCCUGAAGGCCCCCGUCACAGACCCGAGGCGGCAGCGGUCCAGCGCCGCUCCAGCCUCCACUCCACCUGCUACGCCGCCGCGCUCUCCGCCCACGCCGGCCUCGUGCAGCAGCGCCCGGGCGCCGCCGCCCAGCGUGCCCAGCCGCCAUCCCGUAAGGUCCUGCGACGCCUCAACCUGCUGCGCCCCCCGAAGGCCAGUAACAUGCACCUGCACCAGCCCAGCCAGAGACGCCUCAAUUUCUGAGGCGCCUCGACACCUUCGUCAUCGUCGUCAUCAGCAAUUCAUCAACCUCUGGAGAUCUUAAGACUGGCCACAUACAAACCACAUCUGUUUUUCUGACUUUGUAUCAAGAAUCAGACACCAGCAACAAGAAGAAGUCGUCAUCAGCCUGGACAGUGAAACGAGGGACGUGGCUGGCAUUUUCUUUUAUUGUUUUGUUUUGUUUUGUUUUCAUCAGGUCAUGUGGCUAGUGAGGAGUUCCUCAUCUCCCUUCCUCUUUAUCCUCACCCACCCAUCUUCAUUUUUACCGAUGCUGGAACGAAAGCAUGUGAAAAGUACAGGUCAUCCUUGCGCGGCGCCUCCUCCUCGCCCUCCGGUUCGCCCCGAUCGUGUGUCCUUCUGUUUCUUUGUUCAGUUACGGGGAGGAAGACAUGGCGCCUGUCCCCCCUCUUUCAGAUUCUUUCUCCCUUUUUGUUCUUUAUUGGACAACUUAAUGUGUAGAAUCAACGCUGUAGGUCACUUUACUCAGCGGCAGGUUCACCGCACGGCCGGGUGAUCAGCCGGUGUCUCGGUCACAACGAGAAUCAACUCUGAGGCAACUCAACGGGCAGGCGGGGGACAUUUCACAUCCUAGAUCACUUGAACAUUUUCAUUUGUGAUCGGUGCAGCGGUGUCGUGAUCAGCACCGGUUCCCCUUGUGUGUUUUUCACACCAGAGGCUGGAGAAAAGAAGCCCUUCUUGAAUAAUCUCAGAGGACUGUUUAUACUUGUUGCUUCACCUCCUGCAGUCCCAAGCGAGUUCCUGCAUUUCACAAUACAACAGGGUACAUUCAGAACAGUCGCAGACUCAACUUUUUCUAACUUUUUUUUUUCAAUAUAUAUUCACACUAACUGUACAAACGUUAUGCCUUCUAAAAAGCUUUACUGCAGAUUGAUUUAAAAAGAAAAAAGUACAUUCUUGGCCCACAUUUGAGCCUAUUUGGAAAGUGCAAUACUAAAUACUAAAUCACUGCUUCUUUAUACUGUAAAUCUUUUUUAUUGUUUUCCACAAAUUCCUUGCAAAAAAAAACCCCAACACUCUUUUCUAACUUUACUAGCAACACUUUGAGUGGAACAUAUGCUGCACCUCUGUUGAUGGUUAAAUACUGAAGGUUAGACAUGAAUGUAAAGCACAGCCCGGCCGGGGAGGGGUCCUUCACAGUUUCAAGGUCCCUCCUCUCCAACACGCCUGAUAACAAUCACUGGGACAUUCAGAAAGCCUGAUAGCGACUCCUUAUAUUCAAAAGUUAAAGAGGUCCAGCGGCCCUCCGGGUUUGACGCCUCUGACUUAACUCGAUCAGGAAGACGGAGCCCGUAAACGACUGAAACCUGACAAACAGUAGCUUCUGUAGGAAUCCAAUCACAGUGCUGCAGCCGCUCUCUGCAUUGUCGUCGACGCGAUUGACUUUUACUUUGUGUUUCCUCCUUUUUGAUUGUUGACUUUGCAAAACACAUCCAGCUCUGUGUUAAAAAUGAUCUCAUCUGGGAGAAAAGGCACCAUUGUUUCACAUAAAGAAGACGAAACCAGUGUUAGCGCCUCUUCAAAGGGAUUGAUCUCUGCCUUCUGGAUCCUGCACACAGUCCGCCGCUUGGCUCAGAGCGAUGCCUCGCCGUUGCUCAUCCUGUCGCUGGCUGAACCUGCCUCUGACUUUAUAAUUUUCACAAUAUUUUUUGUUUUCAAGGAAAAAAAAAGUUUAAAAAAAGAAGAAAAAAUGGCAGUAAAAAAAAAAUUUACUGGGUUAAAUAUCACUAAACGCCUUGUUUUAACGGUAGCUUUGAGAUGAAUAGAAAUGUAGAUAAAAAAUGUAUGGAGAAAAAAAAAAAACUUCCAAAAUAUUUUUUCUAAAAAGAAAAAAACAAAUUACAUAUCAGUAUGAAGUUGAUAUAUACUGUAUGCGUCUAUGGUUUCUUGCUUAGGUAUGUUUGGUUAUAUUAGUGUGCAAUCUGUUGCAUAGUUGUAAAGUUGUUAGUUGUUAUGAUGGUGGAAGAAAGAAUGGAAAAAAAAAAAUGGAAAAAAGAUCAUUUUUGUUUGUUCUUAAAUGAAUCUGCAGUCCACUUCUCAGGGUCACAACCAAUCACCUUUACACUUUACGAAAAUGCAGAUUUACUUGACUGGCUAUUGAUUACUCGUGCGUGCUGGGACUUUUCCAGCUCUGUCCCGGCGAGCUUUCCCUCAGUUCAUGAGAAAUAAUCAGCUUUUACUUUAUAGCGUCACAGAAAAACUUCUUUCGUCCCCGGACUGUGAAAAAUGAACUCUUUGUCAGUCGAGUGUUGGGAAUCCAUUGAGAUGGAGAGAAGCUGUCUUUUUCAGCACUGUUUAUAUCUCUUUUUUGUUUUUGUUUUUUUGUUUUUUUGCUCACGUGUACCUAACAUGGUUUGAGAAAUGUACUUUAUGCUAUUUGACCUGUUCUAUUUUCUAUGUUAACUUAGUUACAUUUUGUUAAAGAUUUAAACCAAAAAAAAAAAAAAAGUAGCAGUAAUCUUUAACCUUUUACUAGUUAUUAAUAAUACUGAUGUUCUUUUUUUGUGUUGUUGAAACUUUUUGAGCCUUUUGCUCACAGUUCUCGGCCCCGGUGCUCCAAAACGGUGGACUGUUUAUUGAUUUUAUGUCUGCUGUAGGGAAAGAGGAGCCCGGGCUGCGUCUCCAUACUGCAGGAGAAACAAAACCAUCGAAGUUCAGAGCGGCUGAAUUCUACAAGAUAGAAAGAAAAUUAAUUCUAAUAUUUAAAAAGUAAAUUUAAAUUCAGAUUUCUGUCCCAUUUUGAAACUAUUUUAAUAGAAAAACUCUGAUAUAUAUCUCUAAUACUAUUCAGUUGUACACUUUACAUCAGAUGUUAUUACCUAUAUAAACACAUUGUAACGGGUUUUAUUAAGACUUGACAAGUAAAUUUGAUAAGAAAUCAGAAAGAAAGUCCUGAAAAUGAUAUCACUGAAAUACAUGGAAAUGUUCAUUUUGCUUGAGUAUCCUGUAAAUGGUUAAAGUUAAAUUUUGAACAUAAGAGAUGAAACACAAAAAUGGUCCAGCCUGUUGAUAUAUGGACACUUUCGGCAGCGUGGUCCUUCGUUCUGCAUAAAUCUGACUUCAGUGCGUCUCUGGUCACCUUGAUGGAGAAGUAGCAUUGUGAAGAAAGUCCUAACAACGGUUUGUUAGGCUUCUGUGUGGGUCGCUGUAAAUAAUCUCAUCCGUUAGUGGACUAUUUAAGCUUUUCUUCUAUUUCUCGAAUGUUUUUCUCUCUCUUUCUCUGUACUAUCGAGCUUCACAAUCAUGAACGAUGUUAUUUUGCGUUGCUACGAUGUGUUUUUAAAAACAAACCUUAAAGACCGAAGGGAUCGGAGGAGAUGAAAGAGGCUCCCCUUGUUGUCAGGAGCCUUAAAACCUUGUAUCUUGUUUGUUCGAGUUUCUGCUCUCUGCUCAUCUCUCCACCAUCAAACUAACAGGGAUUUGUAAUGUUUUUGUUUUAAUGCCUUGAAAAUUGUGGAUCACGUGCCUUCCAGGUUGAAACGUUGUAAUGACAAUGUAUCAAUGAAGAACUUGAACUAUCUCGUUUUUGUUUUUUUUUGUUUUUUUUUUUUGUAACUUUCCGAGUGGACUUUUAGGUAAAAACACACAAACAGAUAUCAGAAACCAACUAUGCAUCACUCGGAGGAAGCUUGUACGCUCUCGCCGCCACCACUUUCGUACAGCUUUUCUAUUGACUCAACAAACCAGACAGAAUGAUGUAGCAAAGCCUCUUUUCUCCUGUUGUUUAUUUAAAGAAAACAAAAUAUAAGUGUGAAAUUUUGUGGCAUUUUUAUUUUUCACCAAGUGUUAGACAUGUUUUUUUUUUUUUGUGUAGUUUACUGGAAUAAUACAGCACCUUGCCAAAAAGAGAAAAAAAAAAAGGUGUAGGAAUUUUUAGGGUAACUUUUUAUUUAUCGACACAACUGGUCUCCUUUGUAUUUUUGUUUGGAUGUAUGACGGAUCAGUUCACACGGUUCUGGUGUGAAAAACAGACAAAGCUAAUUAAAAAUGUGGGGUCAUCUGUUUUCAAACUGUAAUAGUUAAUACAUGUGAUCUCUUACUAGCCUACAAUAAAUGUUUUCAUAUACA